UGAGUGGGUUCUUCCUGGAAAGAGAGGGAUCAUUACUGACGACACUAUCGGAUGGCACGAAGGCAACAGAGAGUGCCGAAAAAUGGGCGGAUAAUGCCCGCGAGGCAGCAAGUCUCGCGAAUACCGUGGCGAUAACUUUAGGUGAAGCGUCAACUAGGGCAUAUGAUGUGAAGUACGCAGCAGAGGGGGUUCUUAACAUUGUGGGAUAUAUGAAACAGGAUCUCGAGAACGCUCUGGACGACCUCAAAAACGGCGACAAGGCUGGCAUUCAACGUCCAAUGGAGUACGUGGACAUGCCGUGGAAACGCACUGCAGAGGUGGAUACGGAAGCUGGUGUGGCGUUAAGUGCCGCCGAUGAUGUGGUCUUGAAGAUUGCGUCUGUGCGAGAACCUGCUGGAAAGGCAGC